UUAUUUUCCAGCUCUUCCAUAUCACGUAAUUUCCCACGUAUAACUGCCGCAGCACCGAACAUGACAACGCCUCUCUCAACUUUGACCAAGGACCGGAUCAAGGACCGUAUCCGUGGUUGUCUCUUUGGGACGGCUGUAGGGGAUGCCUAUGGACUGGCUACAGAAUUUAUGUCGAAGGCAAGCGCUCGUAGACGAUAUGGCAACGGCCCCAUCGCAUUUGGCAACGAGGCGGGAUAUCCUGUAUGGAUUGAUAGCCAUCGCUCAAAGUGGGCGAGAAACGACUUUACGGAUGACACGGAUCAAAUGCUCCUCCUCCUCCAGUCGCUGCAACAAACCCAGGACGGUCGACUCCAUGCUGCCAAUUUCUCAAAGAGGCUGAAGGAGUGGAGCAUCAUUGGCUUUCCAGAACUGGGCACGCCUCCACGCGGUAUCGGGUUUACUGUUGGCUCUACACUCAGUCAUCCCGAGUUCAGGUACAACCCGCACAAGGCUGCCUUUGAUAUCUGGAAUUCAAAGGGGCGCAUGCUGGCAGCGAACGGAGCCGUCAUGCGAACUUCUGUGCUUGGCAUCGAAUCCUUCUGGGACGAGGCGCGGGUCGUCGAAAACACCCUCGCUGCAGCCAAGGUCACGCACGCAGACCCACGCUCCGUAGUCAGUGCCUUAAUCGCCUCGGUCCUCAUCUCCCGGCUCCUUCGAGGGGGCGGACAGGACGCAAAGGAGGACUCAACCCGUACAUGGAACCCACGGCUUGCACAGGACGAGUACAAACAGGAGCUCCUGGACUAUCUGCGACGUGGAACAGAUAUCAACGGCGAAGUCUCGUCUGAUCCCGCAUACGAGCCAGAGACUGCACAGAAUGUUUUCAAGAAUAAAGAUGAGAGGAAAAUUGCCAGGAUGCGCUUGACACAUCCAGUGCCGGAUGCUGCGCCAAGGGUCGCCACACGUUCUUUCCAGACAGCAGUGCUGGAUAAACUGAGUCACUUCAUAGCCGGGAGCCCCGCAGCUCACCGUGCUUCAGAUGACUGGAACAAGGAUCGACCAACGGUUGAGCUGAGAGGUGAUAUUGGCUGGGCUGGCAUGGAUAAAGUUGGCGAGAACGAAGCGAUGGGAUCCCUGGCCCGAUCGGUGCUCAGGGAUUACAAGUUUCUCCUUCUAAGAACCGAUGUUGUCCCACCGACGAUCCGCAAUGUCGCCCUGGAGGGAAGAAACACAGCAGCAGGGCAUGCAGGGGCAGAUGCUACCCAGACGCCUGAACGCAUUCAAGAGAAAUGGUCGCGUGAGCUAGAGUCGUCCUGCUUCCCGAGCAAACUAGAAGAGCUGGAACUCGGCGAUGCUGACAAGAUGGGGUAUACCUUCAAGUGUGUCGGUAUCGCGUUUUACACCGCAACCCGUUGCGAGGACCCUGCCCCGACAGAUGAUGCAUACAAGGGACCCUCUGGAUUGUUCCGAGGGACCAUGGAGCAGGUUGCGCUUGAGGCAGGCGAUGCUGACACUAACGGAGCGGUUGUUGGAUCGCUGCUGGGUGCGCGAUAUGGCGUAAGCGAGGGCAUUCCACGCUCCUGGUGGACAGAACUGCGGCACUUUGAGUGGUUGGAUGGUGUAGUUGAUCAAUUUGCGGACAGAGUCAUAGCCAUGUAUGAACAGCAGAUGCAGUAACAAUUGUAGGGCUGGGGGGCAGGCUCAAUUGGACAAGACUCGGUUCCUUCAACGAUGACCUGUUUGCAUAGCUUUCUCCAUAUUAAACAAUUCUAUCUGUAUGUAAAGUCGG